AUGGGGUUCGUCUACGAUACCAUCGUAUUUACUGCUUUAUGUAGUUAUUCGGGAUCCAUAUUCAAUCGAGGCAGCAAUGAUCAGCAAAUGAAACGAAGCGAUUUGAAGAAGCUGACAUUUUGUGACCCUAGGGGUGAUGCUAUUAGUUAUUUAAAAAUCUACAAGGAAUGGGAGCAAGUACCUGAAGGACAGAAAAAAAAAUGGUGCGUUGAUAAUGCCCUUAACUCCAAAUCACUUCAAGGAGCCUGUGAAUUGGUGGACGAGAUAUGUUCUAUUUUUAAACUUAACUGGUCCACCGUCGUCAAGAAAACUUUUUCUACCAAAGUGGAACUUGAAGAAGCUCUCCAGAAACUUAUCCUGUUUGCCUUUUACGAGAAUAUUGUCCAUUCUCUAGGCCACGCAAGGAUGGGUUACUACAUUCCAAGCUUACGGCAGAGAGUCUUUAUCCAUCCGUCGUCUGCCCUGAACUCUUUGAACGAUUCGAGUCAGUGGUUGGUGUUUAUAAACAUGCUGAAAACUUCAAGAGACUAUAUAACCGUUGUGACUCCUGUUGAGGAAUCCUGGAUUCGGAGGAUUACCUCUUUAAAGACCAAACAAUUUGAUAUCGACGAAGCCAAGAGAAAAUCAGUGUGCUCAGUUCGUAAUGAAUUUUUCGGUUCCACAACAUACUCAUUCUUUGUUGGUCCUGCAUACACGAAGCUUAGAGCUUAUGAAAAUUUACUAUACGAAUCGGUACAAGUCCCUGUGGUCAUAGAAGCUGAUCAAAAAACUGGGGAAGUCAAAUUCAUCUGUGCAUUUAAUGCAACGCUACCUGGUGAUCUGAUAGACGACUGGGUUAAAGAAGCUAGAAGUCACGUGAUACAAAGGACUGUUGAAUAUAAAGUAGGUUCGAACAAACAGGCUGGUGGAGUUCGAAUCGUCCUUGGUUUAGGUGGUGAAGGUCAGUUAAUUCUAAUGCCUGACGAAUAUCGAAAUGUCCACAUCAAAUCUUGGGACAAGGAAACUAGUAGGGAGACGGUGGUGGACAAGUUCAAAAGAUUUGGACAGAUUGUAGGCUGUUUGGAGGACAAACGAUCUUACCAUAGAUGGGGUAGAGUAACGUUUUCUACACCCGAAGCUGCUGCGGAAGCCGUAAGAAUAACACAAGAUGAUCCAAAAGACGCAGCUGAACCAGAAUUCAAGUUUCACAUACAUGCCUCCUUUCAAUAUCAAGCAACUAUUGAGUGGAUGAGACGGAAGCCAACUGGGCUGGUUUUUGUGGAAAUGGAUUUUUUGGAGGCGAUGUCGGUAAAGUCACUGCACGAAGUUCAAAUAUUGGGUCAAUCAUGCAACAUCACUAUAGAUAAGAAGAAGCGCAGCACCGUGCUUUUUCAUAAUGUGCCAACGAUGGUAACAGAACAGGACAUUCGUGAUUGCUUGCCAAACGAUUCCCAAAGGAGAGCUAUAACUAAGAUCAAUAUCAUAAGAGAGAAAACCUUUACGAAUCCAAACGAACUUCCAAACUUCCAACAACAGAUACACGACCAGUUUCAAGAAUUCGACCAGGAUAUGAAAUUUGUUGUGGAUGUCCUGACACCGAGUGAUAUCCACACCAACUUUAGAGCGUUCAUAAAGUUCAACGAUGCUUCUCAAGGCACAAUGGCGUGUGAUGCUCUACGAGGAAGAUUGACGAUCAAUGGUCAAAAAGCAAAUAUAACACCAAUACUAUCGACUUCUCUCUCAGUUCCGGAAAGAGUCUACCAAUUACUUGAAGACAAAAUUGAAGAUUUUGUAGCCGAAUUAAAAGCAAGUGGCACCGAGUUCAAGCUAGACAGUAAGAAAUUGAAGAACGACAGACGAGUGCUUAGCAUAUCAGCUUCGAAUUCGAAUGAUCUCGUGCAGAUCCGAAUGAGAUUGGCAGCCAUAACACAAGGGGAGGCAUCUGGACUGAAGUCUGCAUUGCUGAACCGCAAUAAUCAAACGUUGAAGAUUUCUGGUGAUUCAGCAAGUAUAGAAAAAGCGACUGGAUUGAUCGAGUUAUUGGCUGCGGAACUGAGGAAUAAAAUCACCAGGUCAGAAAGUGAGGAGUUGCCAGAAUGUUGCACUUGUCUAUCUCCGGUUGAAAGUAUGGAAGAUAUGUACCGACUAGAAGCUUGUGGGCAUGCGUACUGUUUGGUUUGUAUCAAUCAUCAAAUAACUGUGGCUGUUCAAAACAAAGAGUUACCGGCCUUGUGUGGUAAAUGUCAAGACCCACUUGUUUGGUCAGAUUUUCUAUUUUGCUUCAAACGACUACAAAUCAACCCUUUAGACUUGGUGAGAUCAGCCGUGUCAUUGUACAUGAUUAGAAACAUAGAUGGCUACCGACAUUGCCUAACACCUGACUGUCCAAUGGUUUAUCGUAUUACUAAAACAUCCGAUAUUUUCAACUGUAACGAAUGCGGCUUGAAGAUUUGCACGUAUUGCCAUGUUGAAGAUCACGAUGGAUUGACAUGUGCUAUGAUUAAGAGUUCCAAAGAAGCUAACUCAGACAUGGAGAAAUAUUUGAGAGAAAAUGCAACAAAGGUGAAGAAAUGUCCUAAGUGUUCUAUCCCAAUUGAGAAAGAAUACGGAUGUAAUCAUAUGAUCUGUGAGGCAUGUAAAAUCCAUUUCUGUUGGCUUUGCUGUGAGGUUUUUACUACAGAACAGUCUACGUAUGAUCAUUUGAAUGCACAACACGGCGGGGUAUUUGAAUACUGA